AUGAUAAAUUCCUGCCUCUGCCCUCUUGUGAUAAGAGGAGAGGAUAAAGGGCCAGAACAUUCUCGAAUCGGCGGCCACAAACCAACAAAUCGUUUAGAGAUUUUUUGUGUUACUGUAAAGUUUUGUCAGAGAUUCAGAAUGGCAACCGAACAACCCAAGGUAGCGACCGAAGAAGCAAAGAUCGACCUGUUUGAAGACGAUGACGAGUUCGAGGAGUUCGAAAUCGAUCAAGAGUGGGAGGACAAGGAAGAAGGAACAGAUAUAACUCAGCAGUGGGAAGAUGAUUGGGAUGAUGAUGAUGUCACUGAUGACUUCUCUCUGCAGCUGAGGAGGGAACUGGAAGACAACACUGAUAAGAAGUGA